AUGAAUCAAUAAUGUCCUCAUUGCCGAAGAAGACUUCCAAUUCCUUCUUCUAUUACCAAACCUAGAAGCUAAAAGAAAUAAAGUGUAACAUAAACACUCAAAAAUAUAUCCUUAUGUGACCUACUUGAAGAAUUCGCUAAAAUGCGAAAUGAAUAGCACUUCGACCUGAUGCAGUUCUUACAAGAAAAGAUCAAAAAUUCAGAAAUAACUGAUGACCACUACCCUGUUACUUAAAGAAAGAAGUGGGAUUUGCCCAAGAAGUAAUGA